AUGGAAGAUUUUGACUUGGGGAAACCCUCACAGAAAGCUUCAUCUUCUAUAGAAUCUGAUAUAAAAAAUUCUCCUCAUUCUCUUGGACUGAACUUAAAUACUAAUAGAAGUAGUCCCCACCUUAGUACAAAUGGGGUAUCCUCUUUCUCAGGGAAGACCAGACCAUCUGUAAUUCAAGGUACAUUUGAAGUCCUCACCUCUUUAAUGCAAGAGCUACAAAACAGUGGAAAGACUGAUUCGGAACUUUGGAAAAACUGUGAGACCAGGUGGUUACAACUAUUCACUUUGGUGGAAAAACAGUGCCAAGAGCAGAUAGUGGCUCAGCAGGAGCAAUUCCACAACCAGAUUCAACGUAUACAGGAGGAAAUAAAAAAUUUAGUCAAGUUACAGACCAAUAAUGCUUCCUGGGCUUCCUACGAUAGAAGUUCUUUAAGCAAACAAAGAUCUUCAGAAAGUCAAAUGGGUUUUUUUUCUGAAAACGGUGAGAGAAAUGAAUAUGUUAUCAGUUAUCCCAAGUCUGAAGAGUCUGAAAUGCAGCAAGAAGCAUCCUUGUCGCAACCAGACUGCAAUGUGGAUAGUAGCUCAGUGAGCAGUGGGUAUGGAACCUUUUGCGUCUCAGAACUAAACACCUACAAAUCUAAGGACGCUCAAGAUUUCAUGGAGCACAUAGAGGCUUCUGAAGGACAGUUUGAAGCACCGGUGGUACCAGCGGAGCCACUUGGAGAUGGGGUGAAAAACCAGAGUUUUUAUAUACAUCCAAAUGAAGAGUUUUGUGCUGCUUUAAAAGAAGAGACUCCCAUUUUUCCUGGUGAAUUUGAACACAGUUUUCUUGGUGAAAGUAAGAUUUCGGAAGUAUACAGUGGAAAAACAAACAAUAAAUCGAUAACAUCAUGGGCUCAAAGGCUGAAGCAGAACCAACCAAAGAGAGCACAUAAAGAAGAGGGGUACUCAAAAUCUAUGCAAGGAGAUGAGCAAACCAAGAAAUCCCCAAUUGAGAAAUCUGAUUUCACUGCUGAUACACAUUCUCGAGUUUUUUACUUCAACAAACCAGAUGAGGGUCCAAAUUCUUGGAUGUCUGAAUCAGGAACAGGACUGACUUACUGGAAACUGGAGGAGAAGGACAUGUAUCACUCUUUGCCUGAGACUUUAGAGAAGACAUUUGCACCAGCCUCCUCCACGGAUAUAUCACCAAGCCAGUCUAAUACUAGUAAUGAGAUGAAGCCACCAUCAUUGAAGGAUAUUUAUCAUAGAAAACAAAGGGAAAACAAGCAGUUACCUGAGAGGAAUCUCACUUCUGCUUCCAACCCAAAUCAUCCGCCAGAGGUAUUGACUCUGGACCCAACGUUACACGUGAAGCCAAAUCAGAUUUCAGGGAUUCAACCACAUGGCUUUUUGAAUGCUCUUGAUGACAGACUAUCCUUUUCACCGGACUCUGUUCUAGAACCUAGUCUCUCUAGUCACUCUGACAUAGACUUGUUUUCACAAGCAAGUCAUAUCACUUCUCAGUUAUCUGGUUUCCCAAAAUAUCCUAUAGAUGCAAAAAUUUCGCCAGUGGAAUCUUGGAAAAAUCAUGCAUUCCGAAAUGAGAGUAGGACCAGUUCCACAUUUCCUUCAGUAUAUACAGUUGGUAGUAACGACAUCUCAGUCAGCACUGUAGAUGAAGAAAAUCCUGUCCUGGGACCGCCUGUCUCAGUCAGUCAGUCCCAGCUUCCAGGUACAGCCAAUGGAGUCCCAGAAUGCAUUUCACUGACUUCCCUGGAGGAUCCUGUGGUAUUGUCUAAGAUUAGGCAGAACCUGAAGGAAAAGCAUGCUCGACACAUAGCAGACCUUCGAGCUUACUAUGAAUCAGAAAUAAAUAGUUUGAAACAGAAACUGGAGGAAAAAGAAAUUUCUGCAGCUGAAGACUGGAAGAAAACCAAUCAAAUUCUUGUAGACAGAUGUGGCCAGUUAGAGAGUGCUCUGAAUGAAGCUACUAGUUGUGUGAGAACACUUGAAAAUAAGAAUAAUUUACUGGAAAGAGAAGUGAGUGAUUUCAGAGAACGCUUCAACGCAGCCAGCAGUGCCUCCAAAAUUCUGCAGGAACGAAUUGAAGAAAUGAGAACAAGUAAUAAGGAAAAAGAUAAUACCAUUAUUCGCCUGAAAUCUAGACUUCAGGAUUUGGAAGAGGCAUUUGAGAAUGCUUACAAACUCUCAGAUGAUAAAGAAGCAAGACUAAAACGAGAACACAAAAUGUUUCAAGAUCUUUUAGGAGAGUAUGAAUCCCUUGGAAAAGAACACGAAAGAGUAAAGGAUACAUUAAAUAUAACUGAGAACAAAUUGCUUGAUGCACAUACUCAGAUUUCUGAUUUGAAAAGGACAGUUUCAAAACUUGAAGCUCAAGUCAAGCAAGUAGAGCGUGAAAAUAUGCUAAGUCUCCGUCAUAACUCUGAAACUCCCAGGAGGCCCUCACAUGCCAACACACUGGCGGGCUCAGACGUCAGUCGGAGGAAGUGGCUGAUCCCGGGAGCGGAGCAUUCCAUCUUCACUGGGCAGCCCCUGGACACCAAGGUGGACAGCCAGCUGGAGGACACCUGCCUUCCUGGGUACCAUUCUUCUCUGGAAAAGGAUCUUUCACCUGGAAGUUCACCAAGUUUAUUGAUAAAAAAGCAGAGAGAGACUUUAGACACACCAAUCAUGAAAGCUUUGAAAGAACUUGAUGAAGAAAAAGUAUUUAAAAACCGGGGCACACAGACAGAGAAAGAGGAUGCCUCAAAUAAAUUGGUGAAUCCUCGGCCAACUGACUCUUUAGUCAAUGCAAGUCGGUCCCCAGAGAAAGGUGCCCAGCAAAGACAAAAGAGGUUUAAUUCUGCUUCACAGAGAUCAUCAUCUUUGCCACCUUCAAAUCGUAGAUCGAAUACUCCAACAAAAAGAGAGAUUAUGUUAACACCAGUGACCGUGGCGUAUAGUCCAAAGCGAUCCCCUAAAGAAAACUUGUCCCCAGGAUUUAGUCAUCUACUUAGCAAAAACGAAAGCAGCCCGAUUAGAUUUGAUAUACUUUUGGAUGAUUUAGAUACUGUUCCUGUGUCUACUGUACAACGUUCCAAUCCAAGGAAACAACUCCAGUUUCUUCCUCUAGAUGACUCAGAAGAAAAAAAAUACUCAGAAAAAGCCACUGACAUCCAUGUUAAUCAUAGCUCUUCCCCCGAACCGUUGCCAAAUGGAGCGAAGAAAGUCUCUGUGAGACCAGCCUGGGAGAAGAACAAGUCAGUUAGCUAUGAACAGUGUCAGCCUGUCUCCACAGCACCACAGGGUAACAAUUUUGAGUAUACAGCCAAGAUAAGGACCCUAGCUGAAACGGAACGGUUUUUUGAUGAACUUACAAAAGAAAAAGACCAGAUCGAGGCAGCACUAAGCCGAAUGCCUUCUACUGGAGGACGAGUCACUUUGCAGACAAGAUUAAAUCAGGAAGCCUUGGAAGAUCGUUUGGAGAAGAUUAAUCGAGAGCUGGGUUCUGUUCGCAUGACGUUAAAGAAAUUCCAUGUUUUGCGCACCUCUGCAAAUCUUUGA